AUGUCAUCUGUGAUUGAUAAAUAUAAACGAAAAAAGAAAGAAAGUCAAGCGGCGAACAAUUUGAAUUCGUCGUCGACGGAUGUCGGUGUUAUUCGAAUCGGUCAUUAUAUUCUUAAUGAAACUUUAGGAACGGGAAGCUUUGGAAAAGUCAAAAAAGCUUACCAUCAACUGACUAGGCACACGGUUGCAAUUAAGAUUGUCAAUCGUACAAAGAUAAAACAAUUAGAUGUCGUGGGAAAAAUUCGACGAGAAAUUCAAAAUCUACGACUUUUUCGACAUCCACAUAUUAUCAAAUUGUACCAAGUGAUUAGUACGCCAACUGAUAUAUUUAUGGUGAUGGAAUAUGUGUCUGGUGGAGAAUUGUUUGAUUAUAUUGUGAAGAAAGGCAAACUUACGGAAGCAGAAGCGCGACCAUUUUUUCAACAGAUCAUAUCUGGUGUUGACUAUUGUCAUCGACAUAUGGUGGUUCAUCGUGAUUUGAAACCAGAAAAUCUUCUGCUUGAUGAUGCAUCGCAUGUUAAAAUUGCUGAUUUUGGUUUGUCAAAUAUUAUGAAAGAUGGUGAAUUAUUAAAAACAUCUUGUGGGUCACCAAAUUACGCCGCUCCUGAAGUUGUAUCUGGAGAACUUUAUGCUGGACAAGAAGUGGAUAUUUGGAGUUGUGGUGUUAUUCUCUAUGCAUUACUAACAGGAACUUUACCUUUUGAUGAUGAUAACGUUCAAGUCUUAUUCAAAAAGAUUAGAUCUGGUAUUUUUCCAAUUCCUGAUUAUUUAAAUCCAUCCGUAGUUGAUCUUCUUCAACGAAUGCUCACUGUUGAUCCUGUCCGUCGAGCGACUAUUAAAGAAAUUCGAGAACAUGAAUGGUUCAAAGUAAAUCUACCUGAUUAUUUAUUUCCAAAAAGUUGUGAAGAAGGAACGAAUAUCAUCGAUCUUGAUGCAAUACAAGAAGUUUGCGAAAAAUUUGGUAUAAGUGAUACUGAAGUUCAAGAUGCUUUACUUAUAAACGAUCCUCAUGAUCAAUUAGUAAUUGCUUAUCAUUUAAUCAUCGAUAACAAACGAAUUUGGAACGAAGCUCGAAAAGUAGAAAUCGCCGAUUUCUUCGCAGCAUCAAGUCCACCUCAUUCAUCUUUCUUAGCGAUGACACCUAGUUCAACAUCUGCUCGUUCACCAUCACCAUUUUUUCAAAACGCAGUUAACUCACCACAGAAAUCACCUCCAAUUCGUAUGCAUCCGGAAAAAAUGCCUGCAUUGAAAGAUCUGACCGUAACAUUAGAUCCACUUGAUGCAUUGAAUUCCGGCAAUAAUUUCUUAACCGCUAAUCACGGUACUACUAAUCGCCGAAAAUCGUCCAGUUCAACAACUUCAGCGAUCAACAGUGGAGCAGGUGCUGCUUCACUUAAAAAGGCUAAAUGGCAUUUAGGUAUUCGAUCUCAAUCGAAACCCCAAGAUAUUAUGAACGAAGUAUUUAAAGCAAUGAAAGAAUUAGAGAUGGAAUGGAAAUUUUGUAACAAUAGCAUGUAUAGCAUUCGAGCACGACGCAAAGUAGCGAAUACAAAUCGACAUGUGAAAUUGGGUCUUCAAUUGUAUCAAGUUGAUCAUCGAUCAUAUUUAUUAGAUUUUCGUAAUUUAAAUGCCAAAACAGAUGGUCAUCAUCCAAUCUUUUCUACUCAAACAGGUCUUCUCGGUAGUGAAAAUGAAAUGGAAAAUCUCGAACCGAAUCGUUCGUUAACAUGGGAAUUCGGUGAUAAUGAUAAUUCGCAAACAUCUCCAUCGGAAGAAUCAGUUUCCGAAGUAAUGGAAUUCUUCGAAAUGGCUGCGAGUCUUAUUCGAACCUUAGCGCCGGAUUCCGCACCAAAACCACAUGCAACACCUACGCCAACAGCAACAGCAGCUGCUUCCUAA